AUGAUUGAAACCCAAUUAGCUCAACUUGCUAAUACCAUUAAGGAACAUCAUGUGCAUGCUAGUCUCUCACCCCAAAGUCAAGUUCCAAAGCAAAUGAAUGCAAUAGUGACAAGGAGUGGGAGAAUUUUAGAUGAUGUUCCUAGAGAUAAUAAGGUUUAUAAGUCCAAUGGGAAGGAUCAAGAGGGAGUCGUUGAGUCUAUCGACAAUGAUGUGGUAGAAGAGGAGCCUCCCAUGGAUGAUGUGGGAGAUACUCCUAUACCAGAAGAGGCAACUCUUCUACCUCUCCCCACUCCUAAACUUCCCUACCCCCAAAGAUUCAUAAGGCACAAGUUAGAUGUGCAAUUCUCAAAAUUCCUUGAUGUUCUUCGAAAAUUGCAUAUCACUAUCCCCUUUACGAAUGCGUUAAAACAAAUGCCAACCUACUCAAGAUUUCUUAAGGAAAUCUUGAGUGGGAAGCGAGAUUGUGAUGUAAAGGAGAUAGUGAAACUCACCGAAAAUUGUAGUGCUAUUAUUCUUAACCAAAUGCCACCCAAACUCAAAGACCCGAGUAGUUUUUCUAUCCCUUGUGCUAUUAAGACGCUUGAAAUAAGCAAUGCUUUGUGUGAUUUGGGUGCUAGUGUUAGUCUAAUGCCUUAUUCGGUGUAUACCAAGCUUGAAGUUGGUUAUCUUAUCCCAACCAACAUUACAUUGCAACUUGCCGACCGUUCGGUCAAAUACCCUAUUGGCAAGAUUGAGGAUGUACCCUUGAGAGUUGGUGGAUUUGUGAUCCCCGUCAAUUUUGUGGUCCUAGACAUAGAUGAGCGUGCAUGUCCCCAUUAUUCUUGGUCGCCCAUUUUUGGCCACGGCGGGGGCUAUUAUUGA